AUGUAUGCUAAGGUAUUUCUUGUCAUUAUUUCUCAAUCCAAAUUGACACCAUUAGCAAUCAAUCAAAAUCAUACUGGAAAAGUCAAUCAAAUAAGUCGUCAUUUUGGAGCUGUAACGGCCACUCCUAAUAUCGUUGAAGAUCCUAAAACUUCAGUUGGCAUCCAUAUUGUAUUUGGUAUGUUAGCUAGUGUUGCAAUUAUUGGUAAUUUACUCGUUUGCUUGGUUAGUAUCCAUCAACGAGCAGUUAUGAAGGGAGCUCUACAUACUUUAAUAUUUUGCUUAGCUAUUAUUGAUAUGCUCACUGGUCUUUUUGCAAUUAUUACACCUGGAUUUGUUAUCCCGGCAGAGGCAUUUCCUUAUCCUAAUGGUACAGCAGGUGUCCUAUAUUGCAAGCUAAUUGAUUCAGAAUAUUUCCUAUUCUCACUUGGUUUUAUCUCCAUCUACCUCGUUUUAACCAUCACUUUAGAACGUUGGUUCGCUAUUGCUCAACCAUGGCGUUAUAAAGUAUUAUUCUCAGUUAAAAAUUGUCGAAUUAUGGUAGCUUGCAUUAUCAUCGGACAGUUAAUAUUAACCAUAGAGAAUAUACUAAACGAGACAUUUAAUCCUGCUUUUAUACCACCAUGUCAGUGGGGAUCUGUUUUUGAUGAUAAAGCAACCCGAAAUAUCUUCUUUAUAAUUAUGGAAACUAUACGCUUAUUUAUACCCGUCACCGUUAUUGUCCUAUGCUAUAUUGAUAUUGCUCGGCGAUUAUUUUUCCUAACGAAAAUUGGCCAAAACGAUAAUGUUAAUAAAUCGAUAACUCGCCGACGUGCAACCAUUACUGCAUUUACUGCAUCCAUGGCUUUAAUUGUAUGCUGGCUACCGAAUGAGUUAUACUUUACACUCUUUCAGUUUGAGGUUAUUCAGCUCGAUCCAAAUAUUUCUAAAGCUUUUAAAAUACUAAUUAUAACUAAUUCCUCUCUUAAUCCAUUUCUGUAUGCCAUAACCAACGAGCUAUAUCGUGAUGGUAUCAUAAAAUUAUUCAGCAGUCUCAAGAGUAGAAAGCAUGGAAAGAGGAAUAAACCAAGAGCUACGCAAGUAUUUAAAUGA